UUUUGAUUUGUACAGUAAAAGAGGGCCCUAAAAUUUUUGAUUCUGCACAGGGCCUAUGUAUGCUCUGGGCCGGGCCUGUCCAACACAUUUGUAAUGUAAGCACAAUGUCCUAUGAAUUUUUUUUUCACCUAGAGAAACAUGGUCUUUUUUCUAUAUCUUACAAAGUUACUUGUAUAUUAUGUAUGAUAUUUACAUAUUAAGCGUGAUAUAGUAGAAUAUUUAACAAAACAAUAAAACUAAGAUAGUUACUUACCAUUUCUGAAGAUAAACUUACCAUAUUAAUUAAUGAUGACAAUUUUAAGAUAACAGAGUUGUAAAUCAACAUUUGAAAGAGUUAAAUAUAUAUAUAUAUAUAUAUCUAUAUAUAUAUGAAAGAUUAAUGACCGAGUACUCUUCUUAGUCAUCUUUUUUUGUGCACAAAUAUUGCAAUCUGAUAAAAUAUCUUACAUUAUUCCUAAUAUUUCAGCUACAAACAACAAAAACUCAUCUUAUUCAUCCAAACCAUGAACAAAGUCAUUAACCAUGAGAUUCAUUACCAAAUUUUAUCAUAUGUUUCAAGAAAGAUCUUAAAUCAAAUUGGUCCACCACUAGAAUCACUUUUGUUAUGCAUUGAUUGUCGAAUUCAUGUGAAAGAAUUCAUCAGUUUCAAUAUCUUAUGUACAUAUUGAAAAGAAGAGAUAAUAUAUAUAUACAUGACAAAACUUUUGGACUUAUUCAGGGGAAGGUGGAUGAAAUUGUCCAACAAUGCGGUGCUGAGGUUGCCGUGAUUUGUUAUUCUACUGACCAAGUUUCUCCUCUUUUUCACGGACUUCCUAGAUCUGAGAAUUUUUUUUUCUUAUGGUUUUAGUUCUAACACAUAUCUUCAUGUCUUGGUCUAAAGGCGGUGCUGGAGCGAUUCAAAGCUGAAAAUCUUGGUAGCAAUCUUGAGUUUGUUCAGUCUCUUAAUCAAGCAUUGGCAAACAUAAAUUUGGCAACUCUGUUUCAGAGAAUAUAAGCAAAAUGUAAGCAAAAUGUAUGCAAAAUAUAAGCAAAAUGUAUGCAAAUGUUCUAUGACAAUUUUUUCCACUAAGAGAAGCAUGAUAUCUUUUGUAAAUCAUAAUAUGUAUGACACUUACUUACUAAGUGUGAUAUAGUAGAUUAUUUAACAAAAUAAUUAAACUAGAAGAAUUACUUUCAAUUUAUGAAGAUGAAAUUCUCAUAAUUAUAAUGACAAACUUUAACAUAAUACAAUUGUAGAUCAAACAUUUGAAAUAAUUAAAUAUUACUCCUAUAUUUCAUUUAUAAACAACAAUCACUUAUCUUAGUCAUCUAAUAAGAUAUAUUAUUUUCAAUAUUAGCUGCACACAUCAGCCAUUCAUCUUAGUCAUCUAAGCUUGAUUUUGGGCAAGGUUUUUGUGGCUCUUGUGGAAUUUAAGCAAACAGGUGCGGAGACCUCUCAACUCAUUAUGAGACAAAUCGUCCAAAUUCAUUGUUGCCAACGUUUGAUUAAGAGAAUAAAUGUUCUAAUCAAGAUCUUCAAUGCAAGAUAGCAUAUAAUGGUGAUCUCAACAUUGAAAGUUUUUGAAAUUUCAUCAGUUUUUUUUCUCAAAAUACUCAUUGUGUGAAAACACUUACGGCUAGUGUCAUAGUUUAUAACAAAAUAAUUAAUUUUAAAAGUUAAAUAUCUAGUCAUACUAAAUUUUAUAUUGCUCAUUUUUUUGACACUCCACCUUUUACCAAACAUGGAUAAUGACUUGGAUAAAACAUAAUAAAUUGAUUAAAAUGUAAUGACUUUUAUAAGUUACAUAAUUAAGUAAGAUAAUAAGAAAAUAUAAUUUAGAUUGUUUUAAAACUAUAUUAUUAUUUUUUCAUCGGAAUGAAGUUUAUCUCUAAUUUUUAUUAACACUUCAAACAUUUUGAUAUUAUUGUAUCAAUUUUCAUUUAAGAACACAUUCACAUUUUAUGACGGAUAUUUCUUAUAUACAAGAUAAUCUAAUAAAAUAUAAAAACUUAAAUCAUAAAAUUUAAUUAAAUAUAUAAACCAUAAAAUAAACUAUUAUUUUUAUUUUACAAGUUUAUUUUAAAAUAUAGAAAUCUAAAUUAAUCAAUAAUUAUAUUAAUAAAUAGAAUAUUAUAAUCCAAACAUUUUUAAUUUAUAGAAUUUUAUUGUAUAUAGUGAGUCCCCAUAAAUGAGGUCAUGUUGCUAUGCUGCCUAAGGUAUCAAUACAGCUAGACAUUUGUAUUGCCUUCCCAUACAAAGACCAUGUUUCAAUCAUAAUCCACAUUGUGAUGUGAAUCUGUAUUUAGCUGUGUCAUGGGGCCAUUGUUAGUAACAAAGCUUCAAGAAGUUUCAAGCGCAUUUUCUUCCAAUGGUAAAUUUCUAAAAAUGAGGUUCUAGAUAAUAAAAUAUAAGAUUUUAGUUUAAUGUAAUUAUUUAAUUAAAUUUUUUUCAGGAGUUUUCAUUUGAGAACUCUUUCUUAGUUUCUUUCAGAUUUCUUUUAUUUUGUAUAUUGUUAAGAUAAUUGAUGAGAUCUCCACAAUGGAAAUGCUCUAGAUGCAAGUCUUGUUGUGGUUUGCUAGAUUCUAAGUUUUCAUAUGAAAAAACUAUCUAAACCCAUGUUACUGUAGCUUUCAAUUGAUUUGCAACUACUAUUAUAUUUGCAAAAGAUCAAAACAACCAUUCAAAAGACUUUCAUUCCUAUGAACUUUGAAAAUUUUGAGAUUUCAUUGUUAUUAGUUCUUGGAUUUCAAAAGUCUUAAUAGAAUCCAUUGUUAUUGGUUUAAGAAUUUUCAAAAUCCAUUCAAAUCCCUUGUUAUUCAAAAAAUUUAGUUAUCAUUGAUUCUAUAAUUCUAACUAAAUCUAGUGUUAUUAGGUGAUGAAUUUUAUCCAAUUUUACUCAUAAGACUCAACUUUCACAAUAUCAUAUGUAUCCAUGUGAUUUUCAAAAUUCAUGUGAUAAAAAACUAGAAAUCAAAAUAAUUAUACUUACCAAAUAUAUAUUGCACUUUAAAUCCAAAUUAUAUGUCCAAAACUAUAAUUUAUUAUACUUUUUCAUUUUUGAAUAUAUAUAAUUAUUUUUAUAUUGUUUUAUCAUUUUGAAUAAAAAAUUAUAUUUAUAUAUUAAAAAAUUAUAAUAAAAUUAAAAGCAAAAUUUGACAAUUGUUUUUGAAAAAUCAAAUAAAUUAUUUAAAAAUUAUAAAAAGUUCGAAUUUAAAAACAUAUUAUUCGAAUUUUUUUAAAAAAAAAUUAUUAUUUUUAUUUUUAUAUUUUAUUAUUUAGAUAUCUAUAAAGCAAUGGGUAAAAUAAUCUUUUGUUUUUAAUGAAACUUAUUUUGGUCAUUUUCCUCUUUGAGUGAUUUUUUUUGUAACAAAACUUAAAAGAAAUUAUUUAAGAGAAUUGCUCAGUUUUGUAUGUAUCACUAUUAUUUAUUUUUAAUUGGAAAGAAAAUAAAUAAAUAAUCAUGCAAUAUUAUUUAUAAAAAAAUCAAUUAUAUAUUUACUUUACAAAUGAUAGAAAAGAAGUAAUACAAAUUCAUGAAAAUCUAUACCAAUCUAAAAAAAAUAUGAUCAAAUUUCAUAAAUCAAUAUAUAUAUAAAUUUACAAAAUUGACUUUUUUAAAUCUAUCAACUCUUAAAAUUUAUAAAUUCUAUAAAGGAAGCAUAAGGCCUAAGACAAACAAGGCGAGAGAGAUAUCCAAAUCCUCCAAUUAUUGGACUUUCAUCUGUAACUUUCCCGUAAUGGGCUUUUCUUUCCUUUUUUCCGUUUCUUGACGGAGAAGUUUCUUGACGGAGAAAUGGAGCAAAAUAAAUAUAGGGUUUGACUCAAACCGUUUGAGAGAGUUACCUGAAAGUGAAAGGCUGAAAGGGGAUCGUACGUGAAGACAAAACAAGUGCGAGGCCAGAGAGCAAGAUGCCUAGAAUUCCAGCUCUCAUGAUCUAAUUACGUCAUGUGAUCUCUCUAGAGAGAGAGAGAUGUCUAAUUACGUCAGAACUACACGCGGCUCGGAACAACGAAGGCUCCAGUGUCUACAAGACAUCCAAAAAUUGCAAGAGGAGAUCAAGUUGUUACAGAUUUCAAACGAGAAACUGAAUGGUGUCGUUCUCGACGAUAUGAGCUUCACCGAGCUGGCUUCACUUGGAAGUAUGUUGGAUGAGGGCUUCCGCAUUGUGGACGAACAACUAGACAAUGCACACGAGGAAAUAACAACCAAGCGGCUUUUUGAGUACGAUCUUAUGGGGGGAGACUGGACUCAAAGAAUAGAGAAAGAAGAUUUGGCCUACCAAUCCCUUCUAGCGGGGAGAAGAGUAGCUCUGAGGAACAAGGCUAGAGAAUUCCGCCUCAGCCCUCCAGAAACCCAACCUUGGCGUAGCGAUGACCCUGAAAGACUGAAGAUGGACAUCGACUCUCUGGAGAUGGAGAAAGAGAGACUACGUCUUUUCAACCAGAGAAUGCUUGGUAAAGAGCUUGACGGUAUGAGCUACUCCGAGCUGUUCGUGUUUAGCUUUGAGAUAUCAGGUGCUAUCAUGAAAGUUGUGUCGAUGAAGAAGAUAAAACGUGACGAAGAGAUGGGGAAGACAAAACGUCCAAGGCCGCCGGUCAACAAGGAGGCUAUCUCCCCGGGACAGAUAUGAUGGUGGUGGCAGGUUCUCUUCGCUCGUGACAACACUAAGAGAUUGGAUAUCGUUUUGUUUAAUAAGAGUGUCUUGUGACGUGGCUACUAUUAUGUACUUGGAUGAUUUUUAUGGUUAGUUCUGUCACUUUUGUGUUAUGUCUCUAUGGUGAUACGAUUAAACUAAAGACUUUCGCUA